AUGAAGAAGGAACGGACAGGCGACAACUGUCGCCCUUUCAAACUAGCACAUCAAAUUUUAAGCCUAACAGGGAUAAGUUUCGAAAGGAGAAGUGUUAUCGGGUUUGUGGAAUUAACUAUUGUGCCUUUAAAAGACAAUCUGCGUUACAUUCGGCUUAAUGGAAAGCAGUGUCGAAUAUACAGAGUGUGUCUGAACGAUCAAUAUGAAGCAAACUUUCAAUAUUUUGACCCAUUCUUGGACAUUUGUCAGGCUGAUCCAAAUACGAGAUCUUUGGAGGUCUUUUCUCAGUGCCACUUGGCGGCUGCCCAAAAGAUAGACCCAGAUCAUAACUCGGGAGAGCUUCACAUACAGAUACCAGAAGAAGCUGCUCAUUUGGUGGGAGAGGGAAGAGGUCUACGAAUAGGCAUUGAGUUCUCACUUGAGUCCCCACAAGGAGGAAUGCACUUUGUUGUUCCUGAAGGCGAAGGCUCAUUAAUAGAGAAAUCUGCCCACAUGUUUACAUAUGGACACUCAGCAAGGUUGUGGUUCCCCUGUGUAGAUAGUUUUGCAGAGCCCUGCACUUGGAAACUGGAGUUUACUGUUGAUGAAUGCCUCACUGCAGUAUCAUGUGGUGAACUGGUUGACGUAGUGUACACACCAGAUCAUAGGAGAAAGACAUUCCACUAUUUAGUAAAUACACCAGCAUGUGCUCCAAAUAUUGCUUUAGCAAUUGGGCCAUUUGAAACAUACGUAGACCCACAUAUGAAUGAAGUUACACAUUACUGUCUUCCAAAUUUAUUGCAGAUAUUGAAAAAUACUGUACGAUAUGUGCAUGAGGCAUUUGAGUACUAUGAAGAAACACUAUCUACCAGAUAUCCAUAUCCUUGUUAUAAGCAAGUGUUUGUUGAUGAGGUAGAAGAUGAUGCAACAGCAUAUACAACAAUGUCCAUAAUGAGUACUCAUCUCUUACAUUCAAUAGCCAUCAUAGAUCAAACUUACAUGAGCCGCAAAGCCAUGGCCCAAGCUGUUGCUGAACAAUUCUUUGGUUGUUUCAUCACAAUGCAGAACUGGUCAGAUCUGUGGCUAGCUAAGGGAAUACCUGAUUAUUUGUGUGGCUUGUAUUCUAAGAAAUGUUUUGGAAACAAUGAGUACAAAUAUUGGACACAUCAAGAGUUGCAAGAGGUAGUCGCAUAUGAGGAACAGUAUGGUGGAAUUGUCUUGGACCCGUGGCAGCCUCCAGCCAGUGGCGCUCGUGUUGAACAGAAAGAUGUGUUUUACUUUCCUGUCCGCAAUGUCCAAACUAUGUCGCCACGCUACAUUGAGAUAAUGCGCAAAAAAUCGCACUUGGUACUACGCAUGUUAGAACAACGCAUUGGCCAAGAACUUCUACUGCAAGUGUUCAAUAAGCAACUUUCCUUGGCGACUAACGCAGCGAACACAAAGAUCGGUAGCGGUCUGUGGGGACACUUGUUGCUCUCCACGAACCUCUUCGUCAAGGCAAUAUUUACUGUGACUGGCAAAGACAUGGCCGUGUUCGUCGACCAAUGGGUGCGGACUGGUGGUCACGCUAAGUUCCAACUGACAUCUGUUUUCAAUCGUAAACGAAAUACCGUAGAACUAGAAAUCCGACAAGACUGCGUCCACGAGCGCGGUAUACGAAAGUACGUCGGACCGUUGUUAGUACAGCUUCAAGAGCUGGAUGGCACAUUUAAGCAUAUGUUACAAAUAGAAAACACGGUUGUGAAGGCGGACAUCACGUGCCAUAGCAAGAGUAGAAGAAAUAAGAAGAAGAAGAUCCCCCUGUGUACUGGGGAAGAGGUCGAUAUGGAUCUCUCUGCUAUGGACGAUUCACCAGUCUUGUGGAUCCGUCUCGACCCAGAGAUGUCACUCUUGCGGAGUACCGUGAUAUCCCAGCCUGACUACCAGUGGCAGUUCCAACUACGUCACGAGCGUGACGUCACGGCUCAAAGCGAGGCCAUUGAUGCUUUGCACAACUACCCUGAGCCCGCUACCAGAAAAGCUCUAACUGACGUCAUAGAAAAUGAACAAACUUAUUAUAAAAUUAGGUGUAGAGCUGCGCAUUGCUUGACAAAGGUGGCGAACGCAAUGAUAAGUUCAUGGGCAGGACCACCAGCCAUGUUGACGAUAUUUCGCAAGAUGUUUGGUUCAUUCGCUGCACCUCAUAUUAUUAAACAGAAUAACUUUGAUAAUCUGCAGCAUUACUUCUUGCAGAAAACUAUACCGGUCGCCAUGGCAGGUUUACGUAACAUUCACGGCAUAUGUCCCCCCGAAGUUGUACGAUUUCUGCUAGAUCUGUUUAAGUAUAACGACAAUUCAAAAAAUCACUUUUCGGACAACUAUUACAAGGCUUCAUUAGUUGAUGCUUUGGCCGCUACUAUAACUCCAGUAAUAUCGGUGUUACAGCCAGGCGCCCCAAUAACAGCUGAUUCGUUAUCUGCGGAUACAAGACUAGUACUGGAAGAAAUCACUCGAGUAUUGAAUUUGGAGAAAGUGUUGCCAUGCUAUAAAAACACAGUUACAGUCAGUUGUUUGAGGGCUAUUCGACGAUUACAGCAGUGUGGGCACUUGCCCAGUACGCCGAUGGUUUUCAGAGCGUAUGCACAAUAUGGACAAUAUAUAGAUGUUCGUCUCGCUGCGUUCGAGUGUCUUGUAGACUUUGUCCGCGUGGAUGGAAAGCCAGAGGAUUUAUCUUCACUGUUGACAGCCGUAGAGAGCGAUGCAGACCCCGGUGUGAGGCAUGGCCUCGCGAGGCUACUUAUUAACAUGCCACCGUUUGAACCUGCGCAAAGACAUCGUCUCGAUACCGAAGCUGUUGUACAUAGACUCUGGACUACCAUAAACUGCCAUUUGUCUAACGACGCUAGACUGAGAUGUGAUCUCGUAGAUUUAUACUACACACUAUAUGGGCUAAAGAGGCCAAUAUGCGUGCCCUUGCCCGAAAUACAAGCAAUGAUGAAACAGAUGCAUCAUAAGGAAAGAGAAAGGUUAGAGAGAGAGCGAGAGAGGGAGAGGGAGAAGGAAAAGGAAAAGGAAAGAGAAAGACUACUAGAGGUGGAGGUUAAGCCGGUAAUAAAGCAAGAAGUUGAAGAUUUAACUUACGACCCAGUUAUUGGUCCCUUGGACGCUCCUCUGCCUAUGUCAACGAUGGACAAAAUAAGAGAUUCUCCUUUAGACGAUUUGCUGCCGGUGCCGUUAUCCAAUAUUAAGGAGGAGGAUAUGAAGAUAGAUGUCACUACUGUGCCUCCGGAAAUGCCUAUAAGAGUUUAUAGCGAUGAUUCUAAACGAGAAUUUAUAUCGGACAAUGCGGCACCACUGCCUGGGAUUCCAGGAACAUCGGGACCGAUCGGCUUUGAACCUGGCAUGUUCCGGCGCGAUAAAGAUGACAUGGGCGCUCCUAAGGCAAAGAAAAAGAAAAAGGAGAAAAAGAAGCACAAACACAAACAUAAGCACAAACACAGCAGUAAGGAUAAAUCAAAAGAACACAAAGAUAAGGACCGCUCGUUACUUCCGAGGCCUGCCUCGAGCACCGAACACUUGAAGAUUAAAGAGGAAACUCGCGAGACAUUGAGCUCGUUCAGUUCCAGCCAAAGUCCUUCUGAAGAUGUCUCUUCGAUGCCUAGCAAUAUGAGUUUUUAA